GGGUGGGGGAAAUAAACCCCCUCGCCGCGAUGUGCCACGUAUGUUGUUUGAGCGUCAUCGCCACCAUCAUCGCCAUCCACCCAAUGCGCGAUUCAUCCCGGGCACAACACGUGCGCGUCGCUGGGGCAACCCGCGACUCUACCACUCGCACCGCUGGGGGGAGGUGUGCGGCGGUGGUCGUUGUGACCAACGCCCCUCCCGAAUCGCUUUAAAAUCGUUAACGAUUUUAGCCAAACAGACGGCCGUUUUGUUUCGAAUGCUUUACAUUUUGCUUACACAAGUUAAAUUAAUUUGCAUUCCGAACGCGGUGUUUGCGUGAAUUUUUUUUCUCGUCACAUCGUCUUCCACCACCUCCCCCUCGUGAUGGACUCGCCCGCUCCACGGUGACGCGCGUCAAUGGCGGCGUGCCUUUAAAAGGCGAGGUAAAUAACGAGCGGCGGCGUGAGGCGUGAGGAGGCGGCGUGGCGAUGUCUCUGCAAACGUCUGCGGUGCGGCGAAGCGCUAAAGGCGACGCGGCUGCUCGGUCGACCACGUGCAGCAGACUUCGCCGAGUGCAGCGAAUCUUACUGGGAGGCUCGGACUCUAAACCAGACGCUUUGCUGUGCAUAUUGGGCAUUGACAGCAGAUACAAUGAAGGUUGCAGCGAACUGGCCAACUACCUCUUGUUUGGCUUCUAUGCUCAAGACCACUCUGAGCUGGACCGGAAGAGCUUUCCAGAGGAAGUGCUGGACGACGUGAUCAUCUUGGUGAAGCCAGAGAGCGUUCACCUCUACUGUAACCCCGUCAAUUACCCGCACCUCGUUCCGUACGUGGCUCGCUGGAGAAACCUGCAAAUCCACUGCAUGACUGCAAUGGAGUAUGAGGAUGAGGAGGCUGGCGAGGAAUUCAAGAUCACAAGCUUCGUGAACAUGGUGCAAGACUGCAAAACUGUGGGAGUCCCAUACAGUGCACAAGGCCACCCACAGAAAUUUGAUAUGUUCGUGAUGGAGAAAUGGCCGAUGAUUCAGGCUUUUGCUCUGGAAGGUCUUGGUGGAGGAGGCUUCUUCACAAUGAAACACGAGCUGGUCGAUUUGAGCGAAGAUUUGUGGGAGGUUUACAGUCGACUGGACCCGGUCUCUCUCGAAUCGCUCAUCACCGAGGAACUCGUACUGUUCGAGUGGCAGUGGAAAACGUUUUUUUCCAACUUUGACAUCGAGAGCCCAGCUUCCAUUCUCGACUUGUCUGAAGCCCAAGUCGGAGAGCCUUUCAGAAGUUACUUCAACCAUGGAAUGCUCUCGAGUCACAUACCCAGUAAAACCAGCAGCAGCAGGAGGCAGCCGCUGGUGCUCUUCGGGAGCCGGACGGGACGGCAGGGCAUGGAGGAGGAGGACAACAACUUCAGCUUUCCGUCCGAGAGCCACCUGCUGCGCAACACGGGACCGGCGGCGUCGCACGCGCGUCACAUGAUCAUCCAGUGUUCAAACCCAAAAGGACCGCUAUCCUGCACCAGAACAUAUUUCUUCGGAAGUUCUCACACACCUUACAUGGAUAACAACAAUGAACAGCAGAUGGACCCAGUGCUCAGGGUGCUGUCUGGAGUGUACGCCUCUGGCGUGGAAGCAGUGUUGGCCGGCAUUGUGCACUACACUGAAACUGGAGACGCUUUCACCACCAAGGCCACAGUUGAGCAGCUGUUCUUCUCAUGCCUCGACAAGUACGACCUUUCGAAGUACAAAUCCACGUUGAGAUCUGCAUUGUCAUUCACCAUUCAGCCAGUAAACCUCCAGGGGAGGGUAUGUUCUAUGGAUGAAGAUGCUUGUAGAUUUCACGUGAAAACUGCAAGCCUACUGGUGUAUGACAUCCCGGAUCUGGAGGAGGGGCGGUUCAGUAUCUUAGGCUCCGUGGCUUUCUCAGAGUCCUUCCUGGACUCGCGAGUGCCCGUGCAGGCUGCCGAUGGGAGUCUGUCUGUAGAUGGUAAAUGCGCGAUCCUCACCGCAAACAUCCCCCGCUAUACCUCCUGGCUCGUUGAAGAAGCUGGAGUAAUUCUGUCUGAAAAGGCACAAGAAAUUAUUAAAGGUGACGGAUGCGGGCUGCUUGGAAAGCGGAUUGCUGGCCCGGAUCUGGCUUACAUCCAUUGCAGCAGCCCUUUCAGCAACCCCGAGGAAGGCAAACUGACCCUGUUGUCCAGUGGGAUUCUGUUUGUGCACCGCAAGUAUGGCAGUGUGAUUCUUCCCAUGAGCCACAUGACGGCUAUCAAGUUCUACGAUGGAGAUUCCUGCAGUGUGGUGGCCAUGGUGGUGAUUGAGUACAAGAGGUCACUGCUGCCGUUUCUGCCCUUCCACCUGUCGGGCUCCACAUUCAGCUUGGCCUUUGGCCUUAUGCCCAAGUCAACAGCCUACAAGACAUUCUACAGAGAGGUGCUAUCAUCUUGGCGAAAUCGGGCAGAAGAGUUUGGUGUGGCGCUGAAAAUGAUCAGCCAGCAAGAGCUCUCGGAGCACGCCCAGCUGUAUACUGCCCUGGAGACAAAGCGUGCCUCCACGUGCGUGGACUCAGUGGGGACUGGUCGGCCAUCGAUAUACACGUCAUUGCCUCAUUUUGAAAAGUUCCUCAAGCACUUUGAAGUUAGCAGUGUGCUGAUGGACCCCAUCCUGUCCAGCCAUUUCAAAUUGCUGAUAAAUCCAUCGGAGAAUGAAAAUCAAGCCAACGAAGACCUCCGUGGGAAGAUGGUGAUCACAAUCAUCACAGGCCUGCCCGGCAGCCAUCGGGAGCGCCUCUGUGCUACUCUCGUCAACCUCAGCAAGGAGCAUGAUAGAUGGGCCGUGCUCCACAACGCUACGGAGAGCGGCGCGGAGCUGAACGCUGAGGCGCUGCAGCGCUACUUGAGCGGAGUCCUCCAGUCGCACCUCUACCGCAGCCCCCGCCACGCGCUCAUCACCAGGAAGAAGCUGCGCAUCCUCAUGCUCACUCCGGGCUUUGCAGAUGUUGUGGAUGUGGUCCAGGCAAUUAGGACUCACCCAGAUCCCACGGUUGGGUCGCACUUUGUAAUUGGAGCCAUAACAGCUUGCGUUAACCCUCUGGCUGCAUGCAUGGAGCACAGCCUCACCUUUCCAAAACUACUCGAGCAGUGUGCACAAGGCUGGGCCAGUAACGUGGUGCUGACGGGCCCCAACCACGAGAAGCAGCACCCCCGCGUCAAGCAGCUCAAGGAGCUGAUACGCCUGGUCAACCCCAGCGCCGCACUCAUCCAGGCAGAGAACGGCAAUGUCAGCAGGAACGAGGACAUUGAGAUGAUUCUGUCUGAGAACAGCUUCAAUGAUGCGGCCAUGGUUCGUGCUCGUCACUUGCUGACUCCGGGUUGGGCAAGUGGCAUGUUUAGCUCAGGGGCGGCGUGCCCUGCCAUGCAGCAGAUCUCUGUUCGCUUCAACCGUCCCCUGGAGAAACCACUGUUCAUCGGUCAAUGCAAAGCCCUGAAAGGCAUGCUGUCUUCAAGCCCUUUUUGUGGGAACAUCUACAGCAUACAAGGCCGGCUGAAGUUUUCAGAUUCGCCCAAGGUGGUGGAGGUGAGCCACGUCACCCUGGCCAACAAUUCGCUGACGCUGACGGCGACGCGGGAAGGCCCCGUCCCACGCCCCCCACCCGCCCCGAGGGGCAGCGGUGGCCUCGUCGGCGGCGACGGGCAGUCUGCCGAUGGCACGGGAAUGCACCCGGAAGGACGGUAUCACCUGGUGUUCACGGGCUGUGGAUUGAGAGAGGAAUGCCUAAAGGACUGGCUCCGGCGCUCGGCCAAGCAGAUAACAAAAAACAAAACUAUAAAGACAAAAGAAUCGCUGACCCAGAAGGAGCUGAUGAGCAUUCACGCCACAAGACACCUGGACCCCUUGCCUCCAGGCUACUUUUACAAUGGAAUGCAAUUCAUUAACUUCUUUGGAGAGAAAAGCAAUCAACACCCUUUGAUGGAAACUUUCAUAGACGAGCACCUGGAGAGGCUGAAUGCGGAAAUAAACAAGUACAACGCGCAGCUCCAGAGAGUCGCUCACCAUGACCUCUUCGAAGCGUAAAGGAAUUCCACUUCCGUGCGAGCGCUCGCGCACAGACAGCGAGGAUCCCGUCCGAGGAUAUUGCGGCGUCUUAAUUGUUUGGACCUUGUUCGAUUUGACACGGAAUCUCUUUUGUUAAAUGUUAUUCUAGAUAAGGUCAUUCUUAAUGGACAACUUUCAAUCUUUUACAUUGUAACUCAGCAAUAAUCGCUAUUUUCAGUAAGCGAUGCUUUGCCCUUGGUUUUUUUGCUGCCAAAUGCAAAUGUGUUCUAAAGUACAUCGCCCAUCGUUGGAAAAGCUACAAACGCUAAAUUUCCCAAAAUCAGGAGGUUUUUGGGAACCGUUUUGUUUUCAACAAAAAAAGCCAGCACUGUCAACAGUGUGUGUAGUGAUUUGCACAGAUGUAUUGUUCAUUCUUACUUAGAUGGGAUUUCUUUUUUCCAUUUAAUCUUUUCCUCCACGAAAGCACGCACCCCAUUGGGAAAAUGUUGCAGUUUUCUUACGCACAUUAACAUAAUCACUGCGGUUACGUGCAUCAUUUGUCUCCCCCUAUAAAAUUAUUACAUGUACACGUUGAUUGUGUUAUGCCUUCAAAAGUACAUUCGUUGACGUUAACCAAUCGCUACGCGAGCAUAUUUGGGUGUUUGUGCCAUUCUUAUGGCGCAAGGCUAUAAUUACGAAGGCUAUACUCUGAACUGACGAUUAUAGUCUGCGUUUAGUUUACAGGAGGAGACAACGUUGAUCAGUAGCUUCACCCUCAGGUUAUUUGCGAAUAAUGAUCAAAUUUGGCAAAAUGUGUACGCUGACGCCACCGAACGCGACUUGACUUUUUUUUAUAUAACUGCGGCAUCUUUCAAGCCCAUUGAGAAGCGGACGGCGCAUAUAUGUUUUAUUAAUACAGCAUCAGUAUUAACCAGGGCAGCCGCUGCGCUUCGAACCGGCAACCUUUGCUACAAGUUGGCAAACUGCUUGGCUAUGUCACCGCCUCCACAUACACACACAUGUGUACGUUCAAUUAAAGAGUAAACCGGCAUUGCUAGUUGCCCGUGAGUUGAGUUCAAACUGCACCGAGGUGAACCCAGCUGCAUUAUUUCAGAAGUAAAAUCCACUUGAGUUUUGUCAUAAUACAUGGGCUAAUUGUACUUUAGCUACUUUGCAUGCAGGUUAAGCAAACAAUAGAACAAUGGGCCAUGAUACUAUUAAACUAAACUUUUUAUUUUGCCAGAUAAGGCCACCUUGAGCUUAUCAGCUCUUUUUCAGAAGAGACCUGGCCACAAAUUAUACCUCAACGAAGUGGCUUAUCACGUGGAAUUUUAUAGUAGUCAAAUACUCUAAACGCAUGAGAAUAUGCAAACUCCAAAUAUACAGACGUCAGGGUCGGGAUCAAACCCACGACCUGCAUAUCAGGCGAGGGAGUUAACAUCUCGCCACUUUAGCUACUUUGCAUACAGCUUAAGCAAACAAUAGCACAAUGGGCUAUCAAUAUAUACGAUCCCCAUAUUUUUAAAAAUUAUGACGUCAUCAUAAGCUCAUAUAGAAAUAUUAAUUUAUAUUUGCGCAAGUCAACCUGUCGUCAGGCAGAAAACUAAAGAUCACACUUGUGGAAUAUUACACGUGUAUAUAGCUAUACAGCAUUAUAAAUUAUACUGAGAGCAAAUUUAUUAUUAGUACACCAACAAUGCAUGCCAGAUAGCAAUGUGGAACUCAGUAAAGUCGUAGUAGGUACUCUACAUUGAAUGCCAAUGUUUAAACGGUCUAUAUAGAACAGCGUUUAAUGGGAUUUAAAUUUACAAAGACCUUUCUGUAACAUACAAUACAACUGCUUUUUUAUGAGGCUGCCAAUUCAUUUUACAACGCCGUUUAGGAGGUAGAACGUUCGUUCGUUGUCCUGACGUUUGCUAGAGGUGCAAACGCCACGGUGUUAGCCGAUUCCCUUCUUCAAACCACUCUCAGUGUGCUUGGAAACCUUUCUCGCACUUCUGAAAAUGCUGCGGUGGGGGGAAGGGCAUUGCUACCGUGUCGCAAACUUUCCCACAUCCUGGGUGAAAUGUGUGCACGUUUUGCCUUUCCAAAGUGUCGCAGUAGUGCACAGCUGUGAAGCAGUGUGGGGUUCCCUUCAGGUUCCCCAGGUGAGUUCUAAGGUAGCACGUGACGCCGAAUCCUAGCCACGGCAUAUGGUGCGUGCGCUUACACUAUAGGCAUAUGCUCUUAGAUCAAUAUGUGGGUAUCUAGUUGUGUGGCUGUAAUUGCUAAGUUUCCAAGGCCAAUAAUUUUCUGUAUUGAUAUAGGCAAAACUUAUUUUGUCUGUUGAAAAUUUAUUUUAAUAAGUUAUCUCGAAAUGGUGUUUAAUGAUGCAGGCGAUAUUCACAAAAAGAGAGGCCUAGUCCUGUCAAUACCGGACCCUCCAGAGGGCCAUGUGGCAUUUGUGUCGAUCCUAUCAUAGCCCCACACCCAGCCUCUUGUUGAGAAUAAAUGGUGCUGCUGCACUAAACUAGAUGAGUGUAUUUAACCUACUACUGAAUAAUAACAUUACGCAGAUUUUCCUUUUUAAGUGCUAUUAAUGAACACGCAGGUACGCGCGCAAAGGCAAUUCUGCGAUGCGAAUGGCGGUUAAGUAAAUAAAAAUACGAGCGCAAUUUCGCCUUACGAUGACCGCGACGACUACUGUGGUGACUUUCGAUGUGUACCUGAAUGGUGAAAUGGACAAUGCGUUAAGUGUCUGUAAGAAGAACAGCCAUAAUUUACACUGCAAGUGCUAUCGUAACGGAUGGGCUCAGCGAAAAUGGUCGUGGCAUAAUUUUUUGUUCGCAAACGCCACGCUAAAAAAAAUAAUCGAAGGUUUUGGAAAAACGGCGACAAGAAUCUAUGCCAUUGCUGCACCAGACGCUCAAUUUGUGAUGCUCACGUUAUCCUGUAGUCGGAUGCCGACUUGCUGCUGUUAAAAUGGAAGGAUAUGCAGAUGAGUCGUAAAUACACUUUAAAUAUAGACUGUGAACAUUUAAAAGGGCAGCUUUUACUGACCGAGUCAAAAUAUGAAGCGCAUGCGUGAACUUUAGCAAUGACCUUUGCGUCCAGGUCAGAUACAACCUGUAUUAUCUGUGUGUUUGAAAGGAACUAAACAGCAGACGAUUGAUCAAUGUAACCAUCAGACUGUUUAUAUACACGCGCUAGGCUGGGAACAAGUACAUACCUGGGAGGCUGGCGGCUAUGGAAUGUGAGUGCAAGAGGCCCAUUUAAGUGAUAUAUUGAAUGGCAAAGUGGGGCGUUCAUAUAGGUAGGAUACGCCGAUAUAGAGACCCUACGAAAUUAUUUAAAAGUUUUGUAAAACGGAAAAUCAUUGGCCGUAUAAAAGUACAUUCUCCUUUAAACGAUGUGCCAAAGUAUCUUCUUUAUGCAGCGUAUCUGUUAUAAACUGACUGCAAAACAAAUUGUAUAACACUGGUCACUAAAAUGUGAAUUUAAAAAGUCAACUGCGUAAGAGUUUAAUACAUUUGGCGUUGCGUUGCGCAGUUAAAUACAUUGUACGGAUCAUCUCUGAUGAACGAACACGGUACCAAAAAUGAUGUAAGCCUUAUUAAUCCAGUACAGCAUGCAUGCAGCAGCUUACAUUUAAGCCAUGGACAGGAAGUUACGGUUAUAUAAGCAGUGGUGUUGCCUUAUGAAGAAUGGUAAAAACUGCUAUUUCUGCGAAAGUGCAUUUUUGUCCUCUGGCUCAUAUCUCAUUUGCGGGAUUUAUGAAUGUCUUCAAAAUUAGUCUAAAUAAUUGCCUUUGAUCUUCGUUUAACGUACUGCACAUUUCUGUAAACGUUAUCGUUAAAUACGAAGUCCUUAAUUUUAUUGGGAGUUAUCUACGCAUAACUUAUUUAUGCUCAUCCAUAGAUUAGCUUUAUAAUCCCACAAGCAUGGCACGUGAAGAUGUCCAUAUUUUAAUCUUCAGAACUUGAUCCAACUCCAUGUCCAUGUCGGUGAUGGAAAUGCUCAACAAAAUAUUUUAAGAGCACCUGAAAACGUUGUCUUAGUAAUGCUUCUAAACGGAGCGGCAAAUUGUCAAUUUAAAACAUGCCUUAGAAUUGUUUAAUAUUGUCUAGAAGCUAUUGGAAUAAUAUGGAUGGGAUGUAGAAUGAGCUGAGAUUAAAAAGACUGUCACCCGAUUGUAGCCAGAUCAUUGAUUGGGCCAGUUUUUUUAUUGCUAAAUAUAGGGAUGGUUAGUUGAGGUUUUGCAGAUAUACUUGCAAAAUUACUAAUUGUGCACUUAUUGAAAUUGAACAUUGCCCAACUUUAAUUCGUUUAAGUUUGAAAUAACAUUCUAAAAAUACUGUACCUUUACAUCCCUCGAGCGAUGACUUAUUAGUGAACUUUGUCCCCUUGCCAGGAGUGAUGGAAAACGUGCAGUCUUUUAUUGAGAUUACCUUUGUUCCUUAUCCUGAUCUUGUAGCUCCGCAGUGCUCCCUGCUUCCAUCGACACAACCUCGGGUAGAGGGGGGCCAUCUCCUAACACUUGAAACACUCACGUGGUCUGUGUACCGUACGUUCCAGAGAAGUGUGUGUGUACAAAAAAAAACAACACACUCAUUUGAUGUUGUCGUCACGACUCUUCCGACAGUGGCCGGCAUCGAUUGGUCGGUCAUCGGUUCUUCCCUCGCCACGAGAUCCCUCGAUGACAGCGCUGGCUCGAUACGAAGCAAUGCUGUGUAUUCAUCAUCUUUGUGUUUUGUGUCGGGACAGGGAUAGUAUUCUCUUGAGUCCCGGUUGCAACAGUCAUGACUUGCUUUUAGCCAGUUCUAAUAGCACGCAUGCUUUGCGGCAGCGAAGGUUUUCGAAGACUGUGAAACGAUUGCUAUAUUUUUUCUUUGUUUGCACUGGAGAAAAAAAACACAUAACAUUUCAACCUCAUGUUAAUGGGCUCUUCCAUUUAUUUUUGGUAUCUGAAUAUAUUUUAGACACUUUUGUAAAAAAAAUCUCAAGUAUUGAAUACCUAUUAUUUCAAGAAACAGAUACGCACAUUUUGGUAAAGAAUUGUAAACGUUUCGAGCAAAACUAUAAAUGUGAUAAAUACCAACUAUAUAAAGCGGCUACUAUGGCUUAAAUGCAACUGUUCUGUGUUGUGAUUUGUGUUGAUGUUUUGCAUUUUUACCAAUUACCUUCAUAACUGUUCUUUCAUGUGCCUGCUCUUAUUCCAGUUGUUCAAGUGCACGUGAAAUAGGAAGUGAAUAGGUAAACACACUCGUCUGUAUACCACGUUGUUUUAUUGUAUACUCUUAAUUCAAACAGUGGAUGUUUCCAUGAACAAUUUCAAUCCCGUACAGCACCUAACUUACAAGUCCAUGUUACAAAAAAAAUAUAUACAUAAAUUAACAGUAUGAAAAAUGAAGUUAAUAUUUAACACUCAGGAAGGCAAUGUGACACAACCUGUCGAAGGAAAUUGUGGUCGAACUCGGAUGUUUCCAAAACGAAAGAAGAGUGGCAACUCUGGCUUUUCGUCACGGAAACACGGGGCAGAGGACACGGCACUCCUCUGCCCCGUGUCCAGUGGGUGCUGGUUGAGGCAGUAGACCUUUCAUUUAAUGUUACGUGCGCACACAAUAAUUACUUUCAUUAAAAAUAACAACGGUGUCACUUCAAAA